AUGGAUCGCUUUGAAUAUACUUCGAACUAUGUAAUGCCAAACCAAGAAUACAGAGGGGACGAAGAAAAUGCAGGAGGGGGAAAUGUGAAUGUUGAGCCAAAGGAGCAAGGACAGUGGAUAUAUGUGAGGAAAAAUAAAUGGAUGACAAAUGGCAGAGGAUCAGGCACAGAUGAAAGAAAGCUGGCGAUAGGGGAGAGGAGGGACAUGUCAGAAACAUGA